CUUGCAUUAAAGUCACUGAUUUAAGUCAGAACAUCCAAUUAUCCAGGAAGAUCUGUUCUCAUACACAAACGGCAGGUUCCUCGCUGUUGAAGAGGCCUAGUGUCGCUCACAUUUCCGUAAGCUCUUUCGUUCAAAACAAAUCACCAAUCGGAGAACCUCGAAACCAUAACUUUCGAUAGACACCGCAAACAUGUUCAGACUCGGGGUACGAACGUUCACUAGCACAGCUAGGAGGGUAGCAGAUACAGCUGCACAGAUAGAAGCAGCAGAUACAUACGGCAUCAGUGUCUCUAAAGCCCAAGGAAUUGUCCAAGGCUUGACCGGAGCAAUUGGCAACACCCCUCUUAUCCGUCUGAACCACAUCUCCGACGCAACAGGCUGCGAAGUCUUAGGAAAAGCGGAAUUCAUGAACCCCGGAGGAUCGGUCAAGGAUCGAGCUGCUCUGUACGUUGUCAAGGAUGCAGAGGAGAAGGGUCUCUUGAAGCCCGGCGGGACCGUGGUCGAAGGCACAGCUGGAAACACCGGCAUUGGGCUCGCGCAUGUCUGCAGGUCGAAGGGCUAUAAACUAGUGAUCUAUAUGCCGAAUACACAAUCGCAAGGCAAGAUCGACUUAUUGCGACUUCUCGGCGCAGAGGUCUAUCCUGUCCCAGCGGUCGCGUUCGACAAUCCGGAAAACUACAACCACCAGGCUAAGCGUCAUGCGGAUAGGAUGCGAAAUUCCGUAUGGACGAACCAGUUCGAUAAUAUCGCGAAUAGGAAGGCGCAUAUUGAGACGACGGGCCCUGAGAUCUGGGCGCAGACUAAAGGAAAGGUAGAUGCGUUUACAUGUGCUACAGGUACUGGUGGGACUCUGGCUGGGAUAACGAGAUAUCUGAAGACUGUGUCAGACGGGAAGGUACAGUGCUACUUAGCAGAUCCUCCGGGAAGCGUUCUUCACUCGUACAUCAGCUCUGGUGGGAACCUGAUUGAGAGGUCUGGAUCUAGUAUUACGGAAGGCAUCGGCCAGGGACGAGUGACGGAUAACCUGCAGCCAGAUAUCGACUUGCUAGACGGAUCGAUGACUAUUAGUGAUGAGAAGAGUAUUGAGAUGGUUUAUAGAUGUUUAGAUGAGGAAGGAUUGUAUCUUGGUGCUAGUUCUUGUUUGAACGUAGCUGCCGCAAAAGAGGUUGCAGAGAAGCUCGGAAAAGGUCAUACUGUUGUGACUGUACUAUGUGAUGGUGCAUAUAGAUAUGCGGACAGGCUAUUUUCAAAGAAGUGGCUGACGGAGAAGAAAUUGCUAGGAGCGAUACCUAAGCAUUUGGAGAAGUACAUAGUGCUACCCUGAUGUAAAUGUACAAAUCUAAGCUUUAACUUCUCUUUAUAGCGAACUGCUAUUACUUCUCAGGAUCUCACCGACACUUAAUAUACACUUCAC